GUCCCUUUCUACACGUACUGUACUGUAACGAGUUUCCUCUCGGGUUCUGCGUGCUCCACUUGUAAAGCCGCCUUUUGUGAAAUAAAUUAAUGUCCCUCUCAAAUGCAACAGCCGAGGCAGACUUAGAACCGCUACUAAUAGCCACGCAUAUUCACAGCCCCGAGCAGCCCGACGUACCUCAAUCAUCCAGACGUGUUUAGUAUCGCAGAUGGUCAGAAAACAGCGCAUAGAACCGCGAAAAGCGCUACGUCUUGGAAAAUCCACUGCGCUGUCAGAGCCGUCAAUCUCCCAAUCCGUCUCUCUGACCCGUCAGAGCCCGACCCGAUCUAUCAGGAGCCAUGUCCAUCAUUCCGAGCCGUACUAGGAGGCGACCCGUUGGCGCCGCGCCACUGCCUUAGGAUCGAAGCGCAUCGAAGUUAUAGUGUCAACAGCCUUGCUGGCCAUCACCACGUGCCCUGUACGCCGCUGCGUGUACAAAAUAACAUCUGCCGUUGACCUGGUCAAACAUCGUCAACUGCUCCGUGGCCGACUUUACGGCCGAAUAACAGGAGGUCGUCCGUUCGUGCGUUCGUUCGACCUUCCUCGCUUGUAGUGGCAUAACUUCCUGUUUUGUCCCGGGCUUUGAGAUACGUGCGAGGGAUCGCGCUGUCUUCAUCGGCCUCCCUCCAGUGCGCGGGAUCUUGCCUCGCCCUGACUCGUACUCAUUUUGCCGGGCCUGGCCGCGCCUUAUAGCGCGUACAGACGAAGAUUUUCGCCCGCCGGCUGAUAGAUCUGCAUCGACGGUGCGAACCUACCGACGGCGCCUGUAUCGACGGCGGGGAUCGGUUGAGCCGGCGUGAGGGCAAUCAUUGCUGUCGUUGGUGUAGGGUAUCAUCGGCGGCGGGAAGUCGAUGGGGAGCGCGAGAGGCUUCGACGUUGUAAAGGGCUAUGUCGACACGGAUUGCGGGCAGAUCCACUACCGCAGAUGCGGACAAGGCAUGCCGUCCGUGCUGCUCCUGCACGCCGCCCCCCAAUCCUCCUCCAUGUUCUCCUCUGCGCUCAAGCGCUUCGCCGCCCGGGGGCUUCACGCCAUAGCCGUCGAUCUGCCCAACUGCGGCGAAUCCAGCCGUUCGCCCGUGGAGCUGAAGAUUGCUGACGUGGCGGAGAUCGUGCUGCAGGCCAUCCAAGGGCUGAGAUUUGCCAACACCAUCGACGUGAUCGGCCAUCAAACGGGCGCCACAGUGGCGCUGCAAAUAGCCUCAGAGCUGCCUCAGUUGGUGCGGCGGGUGGUGCUGUGGGGCGUGCCCAUGCUGGGCUUCAUGGAGCGCGGGGAUGUGCUGAGGGAGGAGCCUCCGGACUACGAUGGGGACCUGGAGGGCACGGUUGCCUCGUUCCUUGAAAAGAGAUACCCCAACCCCGUUCCAUGGCAACUCAAGGUCCGCACCCUGAUCGACAUGCUACAAACAUACGAGCGCCGCCCCUGGCUCACUCGCGCCAUGGCAGUUGUGGAUCACGAGGGCCUUCUCCGCUCGCUCCCCAUGCCCGUGCUGUGCCUGGCGGGCGACAGCGAGCCCUUCCAGAAGGCGACAAUGAAGGCCGCCCUGCUGUGCAAGAACGGGAAAUACGUCAACCUGGGGCCGGCAGGCAGCGACGUGGUGGACGAGAUCCCCGACGACUACGUGGCCGAGGUGUUUGCUUUCCUCAUGCAGCCGGACGAGGUGGGGGCGCUGGGGGGAGCGGGGCAGGGGGAACGGGCGAGCUGGUCGAUCCAGAGUGACGUGGUGCCGCAGGAGGGGGGGAGGAAGAUGUCGGCUGCUGCUGGUGUGGGAGGGGCGGUGGGCAUGGGUGGGAAUCACGCGCACAGGCAAGGGUCGCUGCCAUCCAAUCUAGGCGGGGGAGGAGGAGGAGGGGGAGGGGGAGGGGGAGGGGGAGGGGGAGGGAGUGGUGAUGGGAGCCCGUCACCGAAGGGGGAUGGGGUGCGGCUGUCAGGGGAUGGGGAUGAGAGGCGGUCGUCGAGUGAGAAGAAGAGAGGGCUGCUCAAGGGGCUGUUCAGAGGGAAGAGCGGGCUGCAGCAGCACGGGUGAUUGCACCACUGAUGGCUGGCCGCACUGAUGGCAGCACAAGCGUCAGGGGAUGGGGAUGAGCCGCGGUCGCUGAGUGAGGAGAGUAAGGGGCUGCUCAAGGGGCUGUCAGAGGGAAGAGGGCUGCAGCAGCAGCAUGGGUGAUUGCAGCCCUCACGGCAGCACUGGUGGUAGCAUAGGUGUCCAGGGAUGGGGAUGAGAUUGGGCCGCUGAGUGAGGAGAGGAAGGGGCUGCUCAAGGGGCUGUCAGAGCCAAGGACGGGCUGAAGCAGCAGACUCACCUCAGCAGACUCCAGGGGGUCUGUAGUGACUGCCACUGCCACCGCCACGUGACGACGGUAAUAGUGCGAGCAGAAUCCCACAUCAGCUGGGGCUGGGAUGCUCCUAGCAGCAAGAGCACAGUUGCUUGCAGCAAGAGCACUGUGCGAAUGUCAAGUGUAUUUGUUCGGCAUGUACAGCAUCGGUUCUUUGCAUGAGCAGAGCACUGGUGUCCCCCCUUGUCUUCUAGUCAAUGGUGUGCAGCCCUACAGUCUGCAGUAUAUUAGGCUUUAGCAUGUGUUUUUCUGGUCGCAGAUACAGCCAUGAUUGAUGAGGCUGCCUGCUGGUAAUCUGUCUAGGUGAAAUAUGUGCUGGUGGCUUCACCACAUUCCGAAAAGACCACAUGCAGGUGAUGGUGGUUAGAUGCGAGUCGGUCGAUUCAUUGAGUGAGUUUUCAUGCCUUGUGUAAUAAUUUGACAGGUGUUGC